AUGAAUUUUUCAAAUCUUGAGAUUGAUAAACUUUAUAAAGUCCCUUUAAAUUUUGAAAUGGAUUUUAGAGAUAGCCAUUCAAAAAUGAGGAACAUUGAUUCAUCUAGAGCAUCAUUUAGUAAGAAAGAGAAAAGAAAUAGAAAGUUUUUCCUUAAACGCUCAGUUUUUUUUGUUUCAAUUUGUAAAUAAACUGGAAAUAUAGAAUUGUAUUUGGGAUCUGACUUCUUGCACAUUGAAAUCAUGCAAGGAGGUCACUUCCCUUUAAAUUAAUAUAGUAUUAAAGAUAUAAAAUCGGAAACUUUUGUGAAUGAUGUUGAUUUUAAGGAGUAAAAUGUUGGAAGCAGUUUAAAUUUAGCUUCCACACAGAUAAGAAAGUAAAUUAAAUAGAUGCAAAAGAUCUAACAUACCAAAAACCCUUUUUCUUGCUCAAUUUCGAAUUAACAAAGAUUAAAAGAGAAUUUAAAAGAAAAUUUUACUAACAUUUUUGAUUCAUUAGACUGGAAUAUAAGAGAAAAGACUAAUAAGAAUUCGGCUAUUGAAACAGCAAAAUCAAUAUUAAAAGCCCAGCAUAAUGAUAUUAUGAAAAUUUUAUAUUAGAAAUGA